AUGCCCAACACACGCAAGACGGAGGUGAUCAAGCAGGAGGCCAACGGGACCGCGGGCGACGUCGCCUCGGUCAAGAAGGUCGACUCGGUGACGAACCUGCUGAGCCCGCUGCCGAGCAUCGAGAAGGUUGCGUCGUUCGGGCUGACCCCGAACCCGAGCGGGAACCCCCCGCUCAAUCCCGCGGUGAACGCCAUGAAGAAGAGCGGAAGCGGCCUCGCCACGAGCGCAUCCCCGUCGGCGGACGCGGCCGGCGCGGGCGGCAGGCCGGUCGACAGCGGCGUCACGUCGUCCGGCGCGACCGGCUCGGACGCCAACGCGCUCGGCUCGGGAUUCAGGCCAAUCAAGCGCUCCCGCCGCAGCUCCGAGAACCACGACAAGGACGUCAACGUGCGGGAUUUCGAGGGCGUCGACCUCGCGGGUAUCUCUCGCAGAUUCCCGCAGGAGAAGCGCGUCCAGCUGGCGCAGAGGAUCGACGAACACGCCGAGAAGGUGGCGGGCGCUUGGGCGGCGCUGCUGCUCGCGCAGACCGGCAUGAGAUACGCGGAGUGGGCGACCACCGCCUCUCGGGUCGAGCAGACGAAGCAGAACACCCUGCGGAUCGUCAAGGCCAUCGUGGAUUACCUCACCACCGCAUCGCAGGCCAAGCUGAGGCAGACGAUCUCCUACAUCGUCGCCAAGCGCCGGCGGCAGGGCUUCGGGCACGAGGAGGUGAUCACGUCGAUGCUCCUCCUGCGGCGGUCGUUCGAGAAGGGUUGCGGGCCGAUCGACGGCGAGGCCGGGUUCCUCAUCGACGCCGUCACGCGCGUCAUGGUCGGCGAGGUCGCCACCUACCUCCACGCCAUCAACCCGCACGAGGAGAGCCAGCUCGACGUAUGCGUCGCCACCGAGGACGACGACGAGCUCGGCGUGGAGCACCCGGAGGACCUCAACCUCCCCCCGCAGCGACACCUGCAGCAGGACCUCGAGGACGUCAGGCCGCCCAUGCACCUGUUCAUCGUUCCCAAGGUUCCCGCGCAGUACGUUCGCGCCAGGGAGGGCGGCACGCCCAUCAUGCUCGCCCCGCUGUGGUCGAGAGCCGCGCACGAGCCCUCGGGUCUGUGGACGUGGCCGAGGGGCACCGAGCCGCUCGUGGGCGCCAUCGUGAACAACAGGUUCGUCGUCGAGGCGUACAUCGCGUCAGGGUCGUACGGUCACGGGUGGAAGGCGGUGGACCUGCACAGCAAGAAACCGGUCUUCCUCAAGACGCCGAGAGCGUCGCACGAUUACAUGCCGAGCGACAUGAUGGGCGAACUCGCGAGGGAGCUCGGCACCAUGCGACGCAUCCUGCACACCAUCCCCAAGCACCCGCGGCUCGUCAACGUCAUCGAGGUGACCCCGCCGCACGCCCCUAAGCCAUGCGCGACGUCGUGCGGCGUCACCGCGCCCAUCCACUACUUCGCGUGCGACCUGUGCGAGGGAGGCGACCUCUUCGGGUACAUCUCGACGCAGCCGCUGGAGCCGAUGCGAGAGCCCGUGGUGGCGCACAUCUUCCGGCAGCUGAUGGAGGCGCUCGAGUUUCUCCACGGGCGAAACCUGUUCCACCGCGACCUCAAGACGGAAAAUAUGCUGGUGUCUAGGGAGGAGGGGAGGUACUCGCUCAAAGUUGCGGAUUUUGGCCGCACCGUCUUUGUGCCACCGCAGCCCUCGGAGACUGGCGAGGGACCCACCAACAUCCACGAGCAGUUCUCAUACGACAACGGCAUCUUCCCCGCCGAGGCUGUGCGGGGGGGCAUGAUCGGCGACGAGGUGAUGGCCGCGGAAGACGGCAUGUACCGCCUUCCCUCGGCGGACGUGUGGGCCGCGGGCCUGGUCCUCCUGCUCCUCACCGGCGUCGGGAGGAUGUCCAAGAUUAAGCACAACAUCGCCGACGCGCUGCGAGGCCGCGGCGAGAGAUUCGCGCCGUUGUCCAAGGACGAGACCCCGAUCGACCGGCUCUACCGGCUCAUCGGACCCGGGUGGCAGGUCUCCCCCGAGCUGGACCAGCUCUUCAGGGCGAUGGUUCACAAGGACCCGAUGAUGCGACCGAGCGCCGAGGAGGUUCUCGCGUGCGAUUGGAUGAAAAAAGCGGACGAGGUGACCGAGGCGGAGGUUGUCGCCGCGUUCGAGAGCAGGCGGCCAGUGAGCGAGGAGGCCCACAACACCAUGUCGGUGACGUGCGCGCCCCGGCUCAAGGACACCGCGACCGCAUUCGACGCCCUCAUAGAGGCGCUUCAGUCGUUGGAGUGGCCGACGGCGGGGAACGACGUUCGCGCCGAGGUUCACGUCGAUCGCGACCGGCUCACCGCGACGUGCGUGAUGGACGAGAUGCGAAUCCGCGCGAUAUUAACCCCCGUCGAGGGUCUGCUCGAGAAGAACCCCACGGUGAACAUGUUCAAGGAGGGGGAGGGGGAGGCGGACCCGGUGGCCGCGGCGAAGCGGAUGGAGGCGGCGAGGCGCGAGAGGGAGAACAACCAGACGCCGAUUGUGCGGCUGGUUUGGAUCGGGGGCAGCGCGGGGGCCAUGCAGCUGGUCAACGUGUACAUGGCGGUGUCCGCCAUGCUGAGCACAUAGUCAUCAACACGAACUCGGGUCGACACGCGUGUGUCGACGCGCUCACGCUUAUUACGACGGUUUUUAAAACCCUUCAUUAAAUGA